UUUUGUUCAGACCAGAGCUGGAUGUGUAGACCGUCACAUGUUGUUCCCCUCCUCCUCCUCCUCCUCCUCCUCCUCCCCAGUCCGGACGCCAGGAGACAUGUGUUAUUUAUCGUUCGGCUGUGGGAGAAGACGAACGGACGCACGACCGGCUCUGGACACAGAGGAUUAACAAGCCGGGAGCGCGCGUAAACGGUUCGCUCGUGUUCCUCCUCUCCGGCAGCCCGAGGACGAGGACCGGUCGUUGUGUCUGAGCGCGCAGAGGACGCGACGCGAGAAUGGCGAGUCCGCCUCCCGCGGCGGAGCAGGCGUCGGCGCCCGGCAGCAACAACAACAACAUCAAGAAAUGCGGUUAUCUGAAGAAGCAGAAACACGGACACCGGCGCUUUUUCGUCCUGAGAGAGCCGAGCGAGGGGUCGCCGGCGGCGCGCCUGGAGUACUACGAGAGCGAGAAGAAAUGGAAGAACAAAUCGGCCGCGAAGAGAGUGAUUCCCCUGGACUGCUGCCUGAACAUCAACAAGCGGGCGGACGCCAAGCACAAGCAUCUCAUCGCGCUCUACACCAAGGACGAGUACUUCGCCGUGGCGGCGGACAGCGAGCCGGAGCAGGAGAGCUGGUACCGCGCGCUGGCGGAUCUGAUGGCCGAGGGCAAAGUGUACGACGGCUCGGCGUCCUCGCUGGUCGGCUUCGACGAGGCGAGCUACGGCGUCAUAACGCCGGUCGCCGCCGCCUACCGGGAGGUCUGGCAAGUGGUCCUGAAAUCCAAGGGCCUGGGGCACAGCAGGAACCUGACCGGCGUGUACAGGCUGUGUCUCUCCAGCCGGACGAUCAGCUUCGUCAAGCUGAACUCGGAGGUCGCCUCCGUCGUCCUGCAGCUGAUGAACAUCCGCCGGUGCGGCCACUCCGACAGCUUCUUCUUCAUCGAGGUGGGGCGAUCUGCGGCCACGGGUCCCGGCGAGCUGUGGAUGCAGGCGGACGACUCGGUGGUGGCUCAGAACAUCCACGAAACCAUCCUGGAGGCGAUGAAAGCCAUGAAGGAGCUGUCGGAGUUCCGUCCGCGCAGCAAAAGCCAGUCGUCUGGUACCAACCCAAUCUCUGUGCCCACGAGGAGGCACCUGAACAAUCUCCCCCCCAGCCAGACGGGGCUUCCCCGGCGGUCGCGCACCGACAGCAUGUCCGCGACCUCUCCCUUGAGCAAAUUCUCCUCCUGUCGAAUACGCACGGCCAGCGAGGGCGAUGGCACCAUGACACGCCCUAUGUCGGUGACCGGGAGCCCACUAAGCCCGGGGGUCCACAGGACCCUCCUGAGCAGAUCUCACACCAUCACAACUCACCCCUGUCGGACAUUUGAGUCUUCUUCCCUCCAGCACAGUAAGUCCAUGUCUAUGCCCCUGUCUCAUUCCCCACCCAUGACCUCCCCUAGCCUUGUGAGUCUGUCCUCCUGCCAAGACACCGGCGCCCCUCGCCCCUCCAGUUGCAGUGCCUCCUUCUCGGGCUCACCCAGCGAUGCUGGUUUCAUAUCAUGCGAGGAGUACGGCUCUAGCCCCGCAGAUGCAAGGGACCUCAGGCUACCGCUCACCCUCCGCAGCAACACCCCUGAGUCUCUCAGAGCUGACACUCCCCCCUCCCGGGAGGGCAGUGAGCCUGAAGGCUACAUGGUGAUGGAACGGAAAAUUCUGAAUGGUUACCGACGGUUACCAGAGCUGGACAAGGCUUACCGAAAGCGCACGUACUCCCUCACCACCCCCCGCCAGCAGAGGGCCCCUCCCCAAGUAUCUUCAGCCUCCCUGGAUGAGUAUACUCUGAUGAGGGCCACAUACACCAGUGGAAGCCAGCCUUCUCGCAGGUGUCACACUGCCUCCCCUAAAGGGACCUAUCCUGAGGAUUACAGGGAUGUCCAGCUCGGAUCAAACAGUAUACAAGCUGAGAGUGGCUAUAUGCCAAUGAUGCCAGGUGUGGCACCUCCGACACCAGGGUCCAAGGAUGACCCCUACAUGCCAAUGAGCCCCAUGUGUGUUUCUGCCCCAAAACAGAUCAUCAACCCCCGUUCACACUCCUCCUCAGCAGGGCUGGCCCAGCACACAGAUUCCCCCGGGAGUGUUUCUCUGGAGGACAGUGGCUAUAUGCGCAUGUGGUGUGGAAACAAGAUGUCAAUGGAGAGCACUGAUGGAAAGCUCACCAAUGGAGAGUACUUGAAUAUGUCUCCUGUUGACCCUCUGGUGUCUCUUACACCCCCAGACUACAUCCUUAGUCCCACCGGAGGAGACCCCCACCCCCAACAACAUCACAGACUGCCUUAUUAUUACAGCUCUCUACCACGCUCACUUAAAGGCCCAUUGCAGCGCAAUGGGUCCACAGACACAGACCAGUAUGUGGUGAUGAGUUUACAGAGACAAAGGAUAGAAGAGGAGUCCAACUAUUGUCCUCUCUCUCCAGGAGACUCUGUGUCCAGCAACUGUCCAGGGACACCAGGCAACCUGACCUCGGUUGUAUCUCCUCUCAGACUGGCCCGGGUAGAUGGGGGCAUGGUACACAGGAGUAGGGUGUGUCGACCCACCCGUCUGGCUCUGGAAUCCCUCAGGAUAUUACCAUGUAUGAGUGAACACCCCCUUCCUUCAGAGCCACGAAGCCCUGGAGAGUACAUCAACAUAGACUUUAAUAGUGCUAUCCACGACCCUCAGGCAUCCAUCGUGUCAGAGAGCUCUGAGUCUACUGUGAGUUUAAUUUGUGGGAAAAGGGGUUCACUACCACUCUCAGACUAUGCCAAUGUUGACGUCAGCUCCCCAGGUCACCUUGGUGCAACCCAAGUGAGGGGUUCCUCCCCACUUGGCUGCCUAAACCACACGCCUGAAGCCUUGACCUGUCCUGUGGUGACCACACAGCAGGGCGUGCAGGGAGGUGAGGAGAAAGAAGAGGAAAAAAGCCUUGUGGGACAGGCAGAGGAGAGGGGGAUGGUAGAGGAAUAUCCUCUCCAACAGCAGGUGAGUCUGGUGUGUCAGCCUGUACCAGUCAAGGAUGACUAUACUGAGAUGAGUUUCAGUCCUCCGGCCCCUCUCCCGGCUCUUUGCAGCACUGAUGCUACUUCCCUCCCUACCAGCCCUACUUCCUGUGUCCAGAGACUUAACCUUGGGAGCAGCAUUGUGGAUGGGGUGCCCCAUGUCCCAGAAGAUUCAUUUCUUUUGGGGGGUCCAUCAUUAUCGGUCACCCUUGUGGAUCCAAACAGGGGGGCCAAAGUGAUCAAAGCCGACCCCCAGGGUCGCCGGCGGCACAGUUCUGAGACGUUUUCCUCCACCACCACUGUCACACCUGUCUGUCCAUCCUUUGCCCACGACACCAAACGGCACAGCUCUGCCUCUGUGGAGAAUGUAUCUCAGACUGUUGGCUGCUCUGAGGGACCCGACGAGGACUAUGGCAACAACAGCCCCAUGUGCAGGGAGAUGUCAGCUGGUUAUCAAAAUGGACUUAACUACAUUGCCUUAAACUUGAUGGAGGGGAACUUUGGAGGAUGCCGAUUAAGCGGCUGUGAUGGACUUCUGAGGUUCAAGACGGCCUGUGGCUGCAAGGGAGGCAUGAAUUGUUUCAACACGAGCCCGUACGCAAGCAUGGGAUUCAAGGAGACUGCUGCUGCCGCCGUGAAAGAAUGAAGGUUGGCGGGUCCACCCCCUCCCCCUCCUUCUCCUGUGAGCGUAGGCUUUGGCUGCAGCCGAGUGACGAGGUCGCCACGGCGACAGUUGGACCAUGCGCUGCAGCCGAUGUCCUUUGACCUCUUAGCUGCCUUCAAGGUUCACAGGGACUGCCAUCGCCAUGGCAACAUGGACACUUGACCCUUGCCCCAAAUCUUCCCUCCGCUUUUCUUGGCACCAAAACAUUCAGGCGCCAUUGCUGCUGUAGUACUAGAUUACUUAAAAAGAAAAAUAACAAGAACUUAAAUGGACUACUAACUCUAACUAUGGAUAGGUAACUAUUUAUCUAUUUAUCUCUGUACGUAGGCCUGCAAACUUGUUCUGCAGUAUAUUAUUAUGUUGAUUAUUGUUGUUAUUACCAUUCAAACACUUUCAACUGGCUUUUCUUUUGGCUUCAGCCAAUAGUCGCCAGAGACUCUUGCCUGAAAAACCUGUGAACCAAACCUGGACAGCACGCGUGCGUGCACACACGCAAAAAAACCUUACAUGCAUACAGAUUACAUGUAUUUAUUUAUUUAUCUAUCAUGUCUGUAUGCUGUAAAUGAAAAUGUGUGUGUACGUUUUUAUACAGAUUGUACUGCAAAAAAGAGGUGGCAUUUAUGAAAAUAUUUUAAAAAUCUGAGUUAACAUUUGCUUAAGAAAAAGAGUAAACCCUACCUCAGCAAAAAACCAGGUUGGUACCAAUUCACACAGUAGAAAUAUAUAUAAAAUAUUUAUUUUCGGAGGUGAAUGUUUUUUAAGAAACACCAAUCCAAAGCCUUACUCGAACCGUCAGCCCCCACCUGAUGGACCUUUUUUUUUUUAAAGUUUGGAACUAUACACACGCAGUAUAUCAAAGAUUCGCCCGAUCAUCUUAGAGACUGAAUGUGCGUCAGAGCCGAAUGAGAGACAGCCCCUCUGAGAUUACGCCCCCUCUCUCCCCCACACACAUUUAUGACAAUAUUAUGUAUUAAAAAAUCCCAUAGUAAUAUAUUUAUUAAUAUGCCUGAGAUGGGAGGAUUCAUACACACUUACAAAGAAUACUUGCAGAACCUGAGAGGAAUUCUCGACAUGGCAUUGCAUCACACGUGCAUGCGUGUUCAAAGUAAUGCUGCACGAAGCCGGUCCACGUGGCCCCUGCCUGAGCAUAAGUCUCAGCACCUUUGUACACUUUACCAACUCACUGCUCACCUGUGAUCUCCUGCACGCCCACGCAGCCCGUGGGAGGUGUUAUGACCUGUCAAAACAAGGGUUGGGCACAUGAAUGUUUUGAAGUUAUUUGUACAGAGUAACUGGACAGCCCAGUGCGGUACAAACUCUCACCGGAUGCCUCGUUUGUGGGCGUCUCGUCACAACCACACCAGACAGCACUGAGCAAUGUGGCGAGCGCAGGACGCAGGUCCGACCGGCUGUCCAAUGAGCCGCCUCGGUAAGCUUGAAUUCACGGGCCUCCACUGCAUGGUCUUGCACUUACAAACUUUUCUAGAUUGUAACACAAGACAACGUUGAAUGUAGUACACGCUGUGUUCCGAGCUCGGGAACACUCACACUCUCUCUCACACACACACACACACACACACACACACACACACACACACACACACACACACACACACACACACACACACACACACACACACACACACACACACACACACACACACACACACACACACACACACACACACACACAAACCCAACAAACAACCACGACAACGGCAACGGCAGUAACGAAACAUGCAGAGGUAGAGAACGGAGACAGAGACAAACCAGGGGAAAGUAUCUUCUUAUUUAUCUGAGUUCACUGGUACCUAACCUUUGCUUAAAUACUGUAAAUAGUGCAAUGUUACAGAGAAUUACAUCUAAGCAAACGCUGCAAAAAUUUGGAGAGAUGUUUAAGUUAAAUGACUUGUGUUGUUUGUACUGUACAUAGUAUGUGUUUGAGUGAACUUUCUGAUACAACAAAAGCACUAAUUAAGUUAUAUGCUACAUAGUAUGGUUUGGCUUUGAUUUCUUUUCUUUUUUUCUUUUUUCAAACUGUCCCGGGAUAGUCUUGUGAAACGGAAGCCACUAUGAGGACAUUUUCUAAUGCUGUAAUUCAGAAAAAAAGAUUUUAAGAGAAAUUAUUAAUACUUGACAUAGUUAAUUCUUGUUUCUAAGGUACAACACAAAUGGCAUAUAUGCAAUAUUUACACUUUUAAAAAAUUAGUUUACAAUGAUGUACCAAAUGUAUAAAUACUGUUAAUAAUGUUUGUUAAACCUUAAAUCAGAUUUUUGCUGUUUGUACAUUGAUUUCUUCGAAUUUGAAAUGGAAACUUUUUUCUGCUUUUUUUUUGAGCUGUGUUUUGCAUUUGGAUAAUGUUUCAACUUUUUAUUCAGCAUCCUAAAGGUUACGAUAUGGGCUCUUGCUUAUCUUGCUGUGUCUUUCAUUGUAAAUAUUUCAUAUCUUGCAUAUUGUGAUGCUACUAAGAGAUGAUAAUUUAAACAUAGUUCAUUGCUUUAGAUUGUAUUGAUUCUUUAUAGACACAUGCAAUAAAUAAUGAUGUUAUUUAAGAGA